CCACCGUCUUCCGGUCCAUGGUACUCGUUCCUCGACGGGGUCUCUUGGGUGGCGGACCGAACUUGACGUGAUCGCCCAAGCAAGAAGCCGAUUCCGACGUCGAAAAGAAAAUGGCUUCUCUAUACUCGUUCCUCGCCACACAUGUAUCCGUCCGGCAGACGACGGGGGGUCAACCCGGCGCAGGUCCCCCCGGCGGACCACCCGGUGGCGGAAUCGACCCGUCCCUACUACCGCACGACGACCGCGGCGGGCUGGUGCUCGCUGUGAUAUGGACCUUCAUACCGCUGUCUGGCAUCUUCCUAGGCCUCCGUCUGUACUGCCGCCAGUGGAAGAGGCUCCAGGUCUUCUGGGAUGACAUCUUCCUGAUCGCCGCGUGGCUCCUGCUCCUUGUCGACGCCUCGCUCACCACAUACGUCGUGAAACUGGGAUACGGCAAGCACGCCUGGGAUGUGCCCUUCGAGAACGUCGACGCUCAGGCUCUGAUCGGACUCAUCUGCACCACGCUGGCCAUCACCUCGGCGGCUUGGAGCAAGACGUCCUUUGCCUUGACGCUGCUGAGGAUCGCGGGCAAGCGCGUCAAGAUCGUGAUUUAUUUCCUCAUCUUCAGCAUGAACACCUUGAUGGGCGUCGGCGCCUUGCUCAUGUGGGUCAACUGCAAGCCGUUGAGAAAGGCUUGGCAGCCGAUGAUAGAGGGCUAUUGCUGGGAUAGACAGCUCGAUGUGAUAUUCGGCAUAUUCAGCGGCAGUUAUUCUGGCAUCUCAGAUCUGGCUCUGGCCCUCCUGCCAUGGACCAUCAUCCUCAAGCUGCAAAUGAAGACAAGAGAAAAGUUUGGCAUCGCAUUGGCCAUGAGCAUGGGAGUAUUUGCCGCCAUUUGCGCAUUCAUCAAGUGCUCCUUCCUUCCCAGAAUGGCCUCCCACGACUUUACAUACGACGGAGUACCCCUGGUCAUCUGGGGCACUGUCGAGGUCGCCAUCACCGUGAUAGCAGCAUCGAUCCCGGUGCUCCGGGUGCUGUUCCGCGACAUUGCCUCUUCGCGGGGCUACUUCCAGAACGGGAAGGGCACCGGCGAACAAAAGUCGGCCGGCCGCCAGGCAAACGCAUCAUUGCACCAGAACCGGUCGAGGGCGGGAAUCCUCAACAAGGCCCAGCCGCCGCAGUUUGGGUCGAGCGCGCAUUGCACGGUCGAACGACCCAUGGAGGACUCGAGCAGUACGGCGGGGCUGGAGAACUCAAAGUCCAUCCCGACAAGGAGGGACUUUGACGUCGACUCCGAGUCCUUUGAGAUGAGCAGCAUACAUGAUGAGGUGCAAGAUAAGAAGCAUCGUGCGAUGGUUGUGUAACAAAAAAAAAUUAUGACUAUUUAUGGCCAUCUU